CUCCAUUCUCACUGAAAACAAAACAAACAAAAAAUAGAAUAAAGAAAACUUCACUUCACCCACCACAAAGCAAUGAAAAAGGGUAACAGUAGCUUCCUUCAAUUUUGCAGUUUCGUAGCAAUUAUCGCCAAAAAAUCCAAAACUUCUCCUCCUAUUCCUAUGCAUAUGAUUCCCCAAACAUCUCUUCACUGAUUCUCCUCCCAAUUUCUCAGCUCCAGGUGAGCAAGAGGAACUGUGAUUAACCAUAUUAAGGGGUAUAUUAUGAGGGAGGGUCCUGGUUUGUGGAGGUAGAUAGACUUAUGCAAGCAUAGAAUCCUCGCCUGGUUUCUGGGAGGCUAGUUUUCUCAAAUCUUGUACAUGUAGCACCAUCAAUUUUUGAUAAGUUGAAGAGUGGGAUAAAUCACAAGCUGAAAAAAGGGAUUGGGAAGCUGGAACAAUGGGUUCUGUUUGUUGUUGUCUGAGUUUUGACGAUUUUGAAGAUUAUGUAAAUCCAAAUAGUCCUGUGUAUAGGAACUGUGCUUGUCUCAGCUGCUUGAUACAGAAUGUUUUGAAUGUGUAUACAUCAAUAUUCCGUAGAGGGGAAGUGCAUUCACUACCUUCAUCUAUUCAGGGAACAGCAUCUAUGACUUCUGCUGCAUCGCUUGAUAAUUCUCUCUCUGACCUGUACCGAUCUCCUCCAAGGCCCUUACCUUAUGAUGCAGAACCUAGAUAUUUCCGCUCACAACGUGAUGGUCUAGUUUCAAGGCGUGAUAAGAGUUCAAGUCAUUCAAAUGAGGAAACAGAACCUCUGAGAAGUGAUGUAGAGGUGGAUCCAGAAUCUUUUAAUUCAGGAGACAAAUGGAAUGGAUGUGCCGGUGAUGAUGGAUCAAAGGAAUGCCGUUCAAAGUCCGCACUAAAAAUUUCAUCAGCAAAAUAUACAACUGGAGUUGGGCUUAUUUAUGCAUCAUCAGAAGAGGAAGAUGUCUGUCCAACUUGUCUUGAAGAAUACACUACUGAGAAUCCAAAGAUAAUGACAAAAUGCUCUCAUCAUUUCCACCUUGGUUGCAUUUAUGAGUGGAUGGAGAGAAGUGAUAACUGUCCAGUUUGUGGAAAGGUGAUGCUAUUUGAUGAAUCCACAUUUUCUUGAUUAUUUCUCUCAUGGGUAAAGUCAGCAACAGAAGAAAAGACAAACGUAAGUAUAGACAUUGUGAAUAUUGAAGAUGAAGUGCUUGUAUAUGUAUAGUAAGGACCAAAAGUUUUCUUAAUCAUUGUUGUGAGAUCAAUCUCAUCCCAGUUGCUUUUUAUAUUUAAAGUUUGUCCAAAACUGUGAAGAAAAAAGAAUAUGCAAUUCAGAUGGAAACUUUGUCAUGGCGUCAACAUGUAUUGAGAAAAUAACAGAAAAGAGAGAGAGGAAGAGAACUCUGUUAAUCUGAAUAUUCUAUCAUUAAUUGGUGCUUUCACUGUUGAGUGAUACAAUGAAUAUAUAGCCUUCAAUA